AGAGAUUUCCACCCCUCCGCCCACCGAAGUGUGUCCUGCUUUGGAGGUCCGUCACCGUUUCUCCCUGAGGAGUUGAGGGAACCCAUGGAUAUAAGCGGCCCAGCUAGGGCCUAGGGCAGUUGCACAGGCCGGACCGCAGCCUCGGGGCCAGAGGACCUUCCUCUGGCCCUGUCUCUGCUUCAGGGUCCCCCGGCCCGCUCUCUGACAGCCAGAGCCAAGUUGGAAGAGGAGCCUGAGCAGGGGAACGGCUUAGGCCGGAGAGGAAACGGGACGCUGCCCGCCCCGGGCCGGCCCCAGGAUCUGCGGGUGGCUUUAGGCGCGAAAGUCUGUGCCAAGUGCAGAAGGGGCCCGAUGAUUUGCUCUUUGGUGGGGGAAUUUGUGGAGAAGGAGGCUGCCUGGGGAAUGACACUCUCCCCUCCACAACAGUCCGAGGUUAUGCGUCUCAAUGAUCCCGCGGAAACGCUACGGGUCUAAGAACACGGAUCAGGGUGUCUACCUGGGUCUCUCAAAGACACAGGUCCUGUCCCCUGCAACUGCUGGCAGUAGCAGCAGCGACAUCGCCCCUCUGCCCCCACCAGUGGCCCUGGUCCCUCCCCCUCCCGACACCAUGUCCUGCCGGGAUCGGACCCAGGAGUUCCUGUCUGCCUGCAAGUCUCUGCAGAGCCGUCAGAAUGGAAUCCAGACAAACAAGCCAGCUCUGCGCGCUGUCCGGCAGCGCAGUGAAUUCACUCUCAUGGCCAAGCGCAUUGGGAAAGACCUCAGCAACACGUUUGCCAAGUUGGAGAAGCUGACAAUCUUGGCAAAGCGCAAGUCCCUCUUUGAUGACAAAGCAGUGGAAAUCGAGGAACUAACUUAUAUCAUCAAACAGGACAUCAAUAGCCUCAACAAACAAAUUGCCCAGCUUCAGGAUUUUGUGAAGGCCAAGGGCAGCCAGAGCGGCCGGCAUCUGCAGACCCAUUCCAACACCAUCGUGGUCUCCCUGCAGUCCAAACUGGCCUCCAUGUCCAAUGACUUCAAAUCGGUUUUAGAAGUGAGGACAGAGAACCUGAAGCAGCAGAGGAGCCGGCGAGAACAGUUCUCCCGGGCACCCGUGUCAGCCCUGCCCCUUGCUCCCAACCACCUGGGGGGCGGUGCUGUGGUUUUGGGGGCAGAGUCCCGUGCCUCGGGGGAUGUGGCCAUCAACAUGAUGGACUCUCGGACCAGCCAGCAGCUGCAGCUCAUUGACGAGCAGGACUCCUACAUCCAGAGCCGGGCAGACACCAUGCAGAACAUCGAGUCUACAGUUGUUGAGCUGGGCUCCAUUUUUCAGCAGUUGGCACACAUGGUUAAGGAACAGGAAGAAACCAUUCAGAGGAUCGACGAGAACGUGCUGGGAGCCCAGCUGGAUGUUGAGGCCGCCCAUUCAGAGAUCCUCAAGUACUUCCAGUCGGUCACCUCCAAUCGGUGGCUCAUGGUCAAAAUCUUCCUCAUCCUCAUUGUCUUCUUCAUCAUCUUUGUGGUCUUCCUUGCCUGAGCUCUCCUCCGACGCAGUCCGUGGAGGUCUAGAACCCAUCUCGGGGGCAGGUGGCCUGGGCUGCCGCUGAGCCUUGCAGGGUGCUUGGGAGAAAGGCGCUGUUUCCCUGGAACUGCUAAGAACAGCCACUGUCCUUGAUCCCUCAUCCCUUGCCUCUGGCCGCCCUGUCCUCCCCUCAACAUCCUCAGGCCCAUGAAACACACAUGGUUCUGGAUUUGGACUCUGCUAUGCAGUGGCUGGAAGGGAGCAGAGGCCCCCUUGGGGUCCUGUUUGGGAGGUUGUCUCCACAAGGAGAUUUUUAUAAACCCUCCCUAGCCUCUCCCAAGGAAACUUGGACAGCAAGGGGAGAUGAUAUCUCCCCCACCUUUCUGAUAGUGAGGGGAGGAAAUGAAACUGCCCAGGGACCAACUUUCCCAUCUGGGUUAGAAUUUGACCUCUUUCUCUUUACCAUGUGAGGCAGGAAGCCCUGAGCCCCUUGGCUGCCUGCACAACCCCAACUUCGGCUGCUGUUGACUCAAUCUGCCAAAUGCACUGCAGCCCAAUUUCUCCCAAUUACAGCAAGACUGUCAGCCUCA